GAACAAGUCAUUUUCUUUGAUAUUCACUUAUAAGUUCAGCAUACACAAAGAAGAAAAGCAAAAGAAUCAAUACGUCUUUCGCUACAAGGUCCCGCUCGUUAUAAAUUGCGAAUUACAUCUAUACCUUCAAUCCUCACGACGGACCGCCCCAGACAGCCUUCCCCGCCCAGCGCCACGAACAGCAUAACAAACGAGCAAAACAUAUCACCAUGUCGGAUCUCCAGGGGCGAAAAGUCUUCAAGGUGUUCAACCAAGACUUUGUCGUCGAUGAACGAUAUAAUGUGACCAAGGAGUUGGGCCAAGGUGCAUACGGAAUUGUCUGCGCCGCCGUAAACACCCAGACGAACGAGGGCGUUGCCAUCAAGAAGGUCACAAAUGUUUUCAGCAAGAAAAUUCUCGCAAAGCGUGCUCUACGAGAAAUCAAACUAUUACAGCACUUCCGGGGCCAUCGUAAUAUUGCCUGUUUGUAUGACAUGGACAUCCCUCGCCCGGAUAACUUCAACGAAACUUAUUUAUAUGAAGAAUUAAUGGAGUGUGACUUGGCUGCUAUCAUUCGAUCAGGACAACCCUUGACAGAUGCUCACUUUCAGUCUUUCAUUUAUCAGAUUCUAUGCGGCUUGAAGUACAUCCAUUCGGCCAACGUGUUGCAUCGUGAUUUGAAACCUGGAAAUCUGCUCGUCAAUGCGGACUGCGAACUUAAGAUUUGCGAUUUCGGUCUAGCUCGAGGUUUCUCAAUCGACCCGGAGGAAAACGCUGGAUAUAUGACGGAAUAUGUUGCUACUCGAUGGUACCGUGCUCCUGAGAUUAUGUUGAGCUUUCAGAGCUACACGAAAGCCAUCGAUGUAUGGUCCGUGGGCUGUAUUCUUGCCGAACUUCUAGGCGGUCGUCCAUUUUUUAAGGGCCGUGACUACGUCGACCAACUCAACCAAAUCCUUCAUUACCUCGGUACUCCUGCUGAAGAGACACUCUCCCGAAUUGGCUCACCUCGUGCGCAGGAGUACGUGCGUAAUCUACCGUUCAUGCCAAAGAUUCCUUUCCAGCGCCUCUUCCCCCAAGCCAAUCCUGACGCCCUUGAUCUCCUUGACCGCAUGCUUGCAUUCGACCCAUCGAAACGUAUCUCCGUUGAAGAAGCACUAGAACAUCGCUACCUCCACAUCUGGCAUGAUGUCUCCGACGAGCCCUCGUGUCCAACAACUUUCGACUUUCACUUCGAAGUCGUCGAUGAUGUCGGUGAGAUGCGUAAAAUGAUCUUGGACGAAGUGAUCAACUUCCGAGCGCACGUCCGUCAACAACAGCAAGCCGCAUACCAAAACCAACAAUCGCAACAGGUUCCUCAAAAUGUUCCCAUUCCGGAACACAACCAGGGUCCAUGGAAACAAGAGGAGCCUCGGCCUCAGGAAGCGCCUCUUCCAGGCUCAGUUCAGAAUGAUCUUGAAGCUUCCCUCCAGCGAGGAAGUGAUUUCUUACACUGAACAGAUACUUGAUUAUAUAUUAUUCAAAAUGGUGGCCAGCUUUUCUACGUUUGACUGUGGUCAUAUCCGACAGCUUCUCCAUUUUCAAUAGAUAAGCCUUACUGUAUGUGAGCUGCAUUCAUCUACCCCCCCUCCUAUCCACUAUCAUCCAUGCACUGUUAACAUCAGUACGCAUUAUUCAUUAUACAUAUAUCAUGUAUAUGAUUGUCCCUUUCUUUUAUCCCUUUCCUUCAACCUGUCGUUUAUUCCACUCUCCUUUUUCCCACCAAUUUUUUGAAGAUAUAAUCAUUGGAACAAGGCUUGAUUCAUGCAGGUCUGGUUUCUUUUCGUCGAGUCAUAUCAUGUCACGGAGAACGAGGUUUGGCGGGCAGGCCCCCAUCGACAGUGUGUACCUACUACUAUCUACCAUUUAACUAUGCGAUAUUGCUAAACCAGUGCAAGUGUCGUCAUUUUAGUCAAUAGAAGAACUUUCAUGUACAUCCAAUUAGUUCAGAAUUAGGUGCCACGUCACUCGCCUUGAUAUAUA